AAUCUCCCACAAGAUCGAUUUCGCUGGAGUUGAGGUGCCCUUUGUUCGUUCAGCCGCCACACCGUUCUCUGAUCCGCCGUCGAUCGUCGGCCACUGACCUACCGCGUGGAGACUACCUUGGCUCCCGUAGCAUAAAUAGGCACGCAUAGUGUCUGCCCGUUCUUGCUUCUUGAACAGUUGCAUCUCUUCCUUGCUCGUUCGUUGGCAUCACUCAUUGAGGCUGGUCCGCCGGUAACUUCAGAUCCAUUAGCUCAAUGUAUAGAUUUCUUUGAUAGAUCUGUUUAACUUGUAGCGGUAGCGCACCUCAAUUUCCACUGCAAUCUGCUGCCACUGACCAUUGCCGCCCUAUCAUCCAACGCCAUCAGUUUUGUUGGUUCUCCAAUGGUGAGCAAUGAGGAGUUGAAGAAAGCUCAGAUUGUUGAGGCUCGUGCGAAGAGCAUUUUCCCUAAUGUUAGGUGCACUGAAUGUGGCAGUCAAUCCAUUGAGGAUUCACAGGCAGAUGUUGCUAUUUUGCUCAGAAAGCUCAUCCGGGAUGGAAUCCGAGAAGGUAAAACUGACAAGGAGGUGUACAAAAGUCUAGCGGAAAGGUUCGGCGAGGAUGUACUUUAUGCUCCUCAUUUCGAUCUACAAACUGCUGCUAUAUGGUUGUCGCCGGUUAUUGUUACUGGGGUUGCAAUUGGUGGAUGGGCAUAUCGGAGGCGCAGGCAAAAUACCAAUGUCCACGUAAUGGCUCUGAAUCUUGUUCGAGGUGUUCCGUUAACCCCAACAGAGAAGGAAACUAUGCUCGAACUACUAACACCACCGCCAUCUCUGAGAAGAAAGUGGUGGAGUUGAAGGCUUUGGUGUGCUUUCUAUGUUCCUUCACGCUUAGCUAAUCUAAUACUUACAUAGUGGACCUUCAUAAGAAGAGCAAACGAACAAAAUGUUGCAAAAGUUCCAAUUUUGUCACUGUUAUGUCGAAAUGUAUCUAGGUCAUGGAUGUUUAGUUGUCGAUUACUCAUAAGUUGAAUGAGAAGCGAUUGGAAGACUGUAUGUUAAGAUCCAA